CGUAAUUGUAUUCGUAUUAAUGGUCGUACGCAUAUUGUACUUAAGACGCAAACUAUUUCGCGAGAUGACACAAUAGAAUGCGAUUGAGCUGUAAUCCUCCAGUCUUGGUACAUUGUCCAUGCAACCAAGAUCUUCCGUUGCAGAGAAGGAAUGUUUCCACUUAAUCGGCAAAGUCUUUCUGUCCAGUGACUUUUUGACGUCAGAGAUGAUGUGUGGAUAAGAAGCAUAAUUCGUGACUUUUCCUCAAACCUUCGAAACGUAUGGAGGAAAUCAUCAGUCCGCAUAGUGAGGCGCUGUACCUGAAAACGGCGAUAACUUCAACUUGAAAAUUGAUCGUGAUGCAGUUGUCUCCCUGAAUGUAUUUACAUCAAGAGUCGGUGGGCACUCGGCGCCCGUGAAACCGUCUAUUGCGUUGUCAAUUGACAGUUUCUUCACACAGUGAUUGGCUAGCGAAGACAGUGUGCGGGCACGGUUUGAGCUUACAUGCAUGUCUCGUGCUCUGCUCACAACUCACGCACUCUGUGUCAUCGCUGAAAGGACUUCGACAACACCUCUCCCCACUCGACUCUUUCUGCGGUUCUUUUUGUGACCAAUAUUGACCGUGCUAUUAGUAGAGACCUCAGUCGAACUCAUGAUCACAAGAAGACAUGCGAGUGUAGACUAUACCCUAUUAUUAAAUAACCCAUAGAUUGUGAACACCGUGAGUCUGAAAACGAACAAAUCAAACCAGCUCAGGUCAGGAACACCAACCUUGCUUACGUUAAUACACCAUUUUAAAACAAAUUUUAGACUAUUGUACCACGUUUCUAAACCGAGUUGUAGAUCAAGAUGUCGCUUCAUCAAGCAUUAGGUCAUCAUGGCAUGGGGGAUAUGGCGAUGGGUAAUGGUAGCGACCACGCCACGGACGACUACUUCGCCGACAGCGAGCGCAUCUCUUCCUGGCUCCUGCUGAUUGUUUGCGGUGUCUUGAUGUGUGUCGCCGUGCCCUGCAAUCUUCUCGUUCUCACUGCAUUCCUCUUGGAGAAGAAACUGCGCACGUACGGUAACUUAUUCAUCAUCAAUCUGUGCGUGGCCGAUUUGUGCGUUGGGACCAUCAAUAUGCCCCUCACGAUUCUAGAGGAGAGCAUGAAACUUAUGGGACACGGCUGGCCCUUCGGUCACACCUUUUGCCACUUUGUGAAGACACUCGAGCACACUUUCUUCACUGCUUCAAUCGUGACCAUUUUAAUCAUCUGUAACGACCGUUACCAGGCCAUCAGGCACCCAUUGUCUCACCUUCAGAGUCGUACCACUAAAGGGGCGGGGCUAAAGAUCCUGAUGGCCUGGGGCGUGGCCAUUUUUGUCUGGUUGUCCUUCAUCUUCGUAUGGGGUGUGGUGGAAGGUGAGGACGCCCUUCCCCAUAACUUUUGCACCGCCAUGUACAACACUAACCACUAUUCCACGGGAGUGGCUAUUGGCGUGGUCAUGUGGAUCCCAUACCCGGCAAUCAUGAUCAUGUACUGCAGGGUGUACCAGACUAUCCACGCUGUUAGAGGUGGCAAAGGAAAGGGGUCAAUGGUCAAAAAGACUGCCAAAAAUGACAAUUCAUCACAAGAAGAAGAGACGAGCACCAAGUUCACCGUAUCAGGGAUUGGACAUUCACACCAGGAGAUUCCCACCAUAUCGGUGAAGACGGUCCAGCUCACAUUCUGCGAGAAGAACGGCGGAUCCAAUGCCCGACGUGAUUGUGAGAAUAACAUCCCUGUCGACACAAGCCUACCCGGGUCUGCAUAUCAAACAGAGUCUCAGAAUCGGAGAGAUGACGAGGAAACAUCGAAGACGAGAGCAAUGGGUGAAACUCCUAUCACUGCUCCUCCAACUGUCUCAACAUCUCCCGCCCAAGUAGAGUCAUCACCGAUACCACAGAAAAACAUCGCCCUGAGACGCACUGGAAAGACCCACGCGGAUAACAAGAAAGCCACGCUAACCCUCAGCCUAGUGGUAGCAUCCUAUGCCAUUUCUUGGCUACCUUACGGCAUUAUCGUACCCAUCACCAGUAUCUGCCAGAUGCACCCCGACGCUUUCCCCCACUGCCGGCCUACUACAACGCGGCCGUCGUCGCCUUCUCUCUGUGUCAGAGUGCCAUCAAUCCAUUCUGCUACGCCGCUGCUCAACCGGCCAUUCGACACACCGUCUUCAAGAUACUCUCAUGUUACCGGUGUCGAUCUAAGUCUACAAAAUAGACACACCACAGUGGGCAUUUUCUGAAACUACUUACCGCAUACAACAAGAGCCCAAGAUACAACCCUUUCCCAUGCACCCUUCUUCGUGCAAUGAUGAGCACUUUCGAAUGUUAGUAUUUCUUGUUGGACCCUCACACAACUAUGUUAUUUCAGUAUUGAUAAAAACGUUGCACGGGAGGGAUUUAUUGGUACAUGUACAUGUAUAUUGAAUUAGAGUUUGUUAAACAAGACAGUGUUUAUAAUACACAUCCGCACUUGAAUUUGUAUGAGCACUUAAAACAUCAGUAGCGUUUAGUGUCUGUUUUAGCCGUUUUCAAUUUCAGCUAUAAUGUUACGAUUUUUAAGCAGAUUGUAAGCUUAAAAUGGACGAAUAACAGCCGCUCUUUUGCUUUGUCGAGGUUGAAGUGUUUGCCAACCAGUAGUUGACAGAGUGAAACUAUGGCCGACAGUCUGUGCGAAACAGAACUACGUGUAGGCCUAUAGGCCUAUAUCUCACACAGUUCUUUUUUAAAAUUCAUGUAGGCCUAUACCCGUGUGUUAUGUUGUACGAUAUAAUUAAUACGCAGUGCAACCCAAAAGACACUGCCAACAAGCGACACAAGGAAUUCCCUUAUAGGCCUACACGAAAUGCGUAUCACUGUGGCCGAAAACUGUUUGCCGACCAUAAUUAAAAUUUAUGCAACUGAUGGCCGUCCAUGCAAAACGGCACUUGUUGUUAAGACAUAAAUGAGAAAGGUCAAGAAUGUUUUUGAAACUAAUAUUCUUGAAUAUUCUGCUGGUACUCAGCCAAAAUGGGCCUUAUUCACGAGUCGGCCAUAUUGGAUUGAGAGUGAGGUAAAAUCUUCAUUUUUUGGAACUUGU